ACGAAAGUAAGACACACACGAGUCAAUGCUUCAUCAUGAACAUCCCCCCACACUUGUUAAUAUAAUUUUUUAUUAUCAGAGUGUAGAAAUUGUUGAAAGUACUUGUCAAACACAACACCACACACCACAACAAAGUAUAAAUUUAGUUGAUUAAUGAUGAUAAAUAAACUCUACCAUGUAAUUUGUAAAUACAACUAAAUUUAUUAAAUAAUAUUACAUAAUUUUACAACAAUAAUAAAAAUGCCAGAAUCAUCAAAUAAUAAUAAAAAUGAGUAUAAUAAAAUGAUUGAAGAUACUGCUCGUGAUUAUGCUUCUUACAUUAAACUGGAUCUCCCAAAUCAGACUCAAGAUAUUCAUGAGACAAUUGAAGAAAUGCUAGCAAGACUGGAGGAGUUUGAAUCAAUAGUUGGAAUGGUACAAAAUUUAAGAGCAGAGUGUGCAUAUGAACAUCUUGUUAAACUACGAUCAGCUGAGUCUGAAUUAAUGACAAUAUUUAAACGUAUUGAUGCAUUGGAAAAUAUUGUUGCCAAGGCAAGUGUUGAUUUGAGUAAUCUUGAAGCUGCUGUUGAUACUGCUGAAAAUGAACUGGGUGGUUACAGCACUGUAUCAGAUAGAUUAUUUGGUAUACUAAAACCACUUUCUCUCUUUAAAUCAAAAAGUCAAGAUAAUUCAACAUCAACAGCAUCAACAUCGACUGCUAGUAGUUCAUCACAACUACCACGACGUGAUCCAUUUAAAUCACCAAUGAUUUAUCGAACAGAAGAUGCCUUUGAUAUUACUGAUGAUUUUUAAUUUAAUUAUUUAGCUGUGAAAAUUAUUUUUUUUUUAAAUAUUUUUUAUCUGGUCAAAUUUAAUAGUGGAGUUUUGAAAAAAUGUUGGCAUUUGUCUAUUGAAAAAUUUAUCAUUGUUGCUAAUACAAUUUGUACAACCAAAGUGUAUUUGUUUGUUUUUUUUUUUUCUUUUAAGUAUCAAUGGAAUAUCAUAAGAAAAUAAAUAAUUUAUAUUUGUUGACGAAAUAAUGAUAAUAGAAAAUAAUUAAUUUAUAGUAUAUAAUAUAUUUAAAUGAU